UGGAUCCUCCAUCUUGGUAAGGCAGAGAUUAAGCUAUUAAUUAUGUGCCAUCUGUUCCGAGCGAUGCUACAUCCAUCGGUUCUGACUUUAAUUCUUUCAGUGGGAAUUUGAAAACCGCAUUGUCUUUUCCUUGAGGCUGCAAUAUUUACCCUUCUGCACCUGCCAGCUGAGAAAUCCAUAGGUCUUCUUCCGACUGGACUGAACACCACCCAGUGCAUAAGGAUCUUUAAUGUGUGGAUUCGGCAACCAGGACGUUUGCCUUUAUGGAAAAAACCUGCAUCGUAAUUUUGCAAGAGGAGGGUUUGUGAAAUCUGACAUUUGCCUCCUUGAUAGCAACCGACGUCUGACUUACUCCGCUCAACAGGAUAUUAGAGACAGGGUGGAAUAAUCCCCUCCGCAAACACCUCCAGUCAGACGAUGUUGCCGUUGUUAGAGGUUGCUGACAGCGUCACUGAAGAAUCGGAGGCAGCCCGGAACUGGGCAGAGGAUGGGGGAGAUGAGUUACGGCCUCUGGACACCCCUUUCCAGAACGAGAGCCAGCCCGCUGCAGUGAUCAGGAUAAGAAAAGAUUAUCGGGGUAACGAUGCGAGCCCAAAGGAUCCAGAUCCCUACAACAGAGACCGUAUCUUCGGCGCUGUUACGAGCGGCACACCUGAGGAGCUGGAAGGCCUGGCCGGAUACUUGCGAAGAAGCCACAAAUUUCUCUCCAACUCUGAAUACAGAGAUGGAAAAACAGGAAAGACUUGCUUAAUGAAGGCCCUGCUGAAUUUGAGAGAUGGGACGAACCCCACCAUCGCGGUGCUGCUGAAGAUCGACAAGGAGAGCGGGAAUCCAACCCCCCUAGUCAAUGCUGCUUGCACUGGUAACUACUACCAAGGCAACACGGCACUGCACAUUGCCAUCGAGAAGCGGAGUUUAGAUUUAGUGAAGCUCCUGGUAGAGAACGGUGCCAACGUCCACGCCAGGGCCUCUGGGGAGUUCUUCCAGAAGAAGAAGAGAGGAGUGUGCUUCUAUUUUGGUGCACUCCCCCUGUCCUUGGCUGCUUGUACCAAUCAGAUGGAAGUGGUACAGUACCUCCUGGACAACCCUCACCAGAAGGCCAGCCUGACAGAAAGAGAUUCUUUGGGCAACACGGUCCUCCACGCUUUAGUGAUGGUGGCCAAUGAUACAGAGAAGAAUACGGAGGUUGUCGUCAGGAUGUAUGAUGGGAUCCUGAUGGAAGGCUGCAAGCUUGACCCACUACUGAAACUGGAGGAACUAGAGAACAGCCAAGGGUUAACUCCAUUGAAAUUGGCUGCCAAGACUGGCAAAGUAGAGAUUUUCAAGCACAUUCUUCAGCGAGAGAUCAAAGAUCCCGAGUUCAAACACCUGUCACGCAAGUUCACCGAAUGGACCUAUGGACCGGUUCACAUUUCUCUGUAUGACUUGUCCUCCAUCGACAGCUAUGAAAAAAAUUCUGUACUAGAAAUUUUGGCCUACAGCAGUGACACUCCAAAUCGGUACAAAAUGGUGGUUUUGGAACCGUUGAACAAACUGCUCCAGUGCAAAUGGGACUCCUUCGCCGCCAGGAGAUUUCACCUCAGCUUGUUGACCUAUGCGAUAUUCAUGGUGAUCUUCACAGCCGUUGCUUAUUACCAGCCUGUGGACAGGAAGGCAGAGCUUCUAGAGAAGUAUGCUGCAGCAGAUACACUGAGGGUGAUUGGCCAGGCCGUUGUCUUAGUGGGUACCAUCUAUCUCCUCAUUGCUCAGGCUCUUUUCUUGUGGAGGAGGCGCCUCUCCUUGAGAAGUCUGCUCUCAGAUGACUGUAUUCAGGUUUUGUUGUUGGUGCAAUCGCUCAUGCUGUUGAUUUCAGUGCCAAUGUACUUCAUGGGGAUGGAGGAAUAUGUGCCUUUGAUGGUUUUCUCCCUGCUGCUGGGCUGGAUGAACAUGUUGUAUUACACCCGAGGAUUCCGGCUGACGGGGAUCUACAGUGUCAUGAUACAGAAGACAAUCCUGAGGGAUCUUCUGCGCUUCCUCUUGGUCUACCUGAUCUUCCUUUUUGGCUUUGCAGUAGCCCUCUUCACCCUAACGAACGAGGGAGUCCUGCCGGCCCAGAACAGUUCUGUCCCCGUCACGGAGGAUGGUAAACCCAAAGGCACGUACACCGGGCUGUUCAUGGCUUCUCUGGAACUCUUCAAGUUCACGAUCGGGAUGGGGGACCUGGAGUUCCAUGAGCACAUGAAAUUCAAGUACUUUGUGAUCUUCCUGCUCCUCCUCUUUGUGAUCCUGACGUACAUCCUCCUUUUGAACAUGCUGAUUGCCCUGAUGAGCGAGACGGUCAACAAGAUCUCCGGAUACAGCCAAAGUGUCUGGAAGCUCCAGAGAGCUGUAACUAUCCUGGAGAUAGAGAAAAACUGGCUUUGUUAUUGGAAGAAGCCGCAGAGAUCUGGCUGUUUGUUGCCCGUUGGCUCAGGAGAAAAAGACAAAAGAUGGGUUUUCCGAGUGGAAGAGAUCGAUUGGGCCAACUGGGAGAAAGAGGUGGGAGUCCUCAGUGAGGAUCCCGGGAGCUCUGGGGACUCUGGAAUAGAGGUCCAAGAGAAGGGCCUGUGGAGCUGGGUAGCGCGGGCGAAGGCUGCCUCGUCCACCACGGCAUCCACACCGGAGGAGUAGAUGCUCUCCCAGCACCUGAGCUGAUGAACAAGGUGAAGCUGUUCAGAAGACGCAACACGUCUGCCGAGCCUGCCUGCAAAUGAGGGCCGAAAUCCUUAAGCUGAUUCCGGUCAGAACAAUGUCAAGAAAACCCACAACUGAAGUGGCCACUGACAGUGGGCUUCUGCUGGGACCCGUGCCUUUGCGGCUUUGUGCGUCACAGGCCAGGCCUUACUUGCAACCAUGUAUAAUUCAGUGUCCCUCUCAACAGGGAGCAACAGCCCAAUAUUUAGCUGGUUAAUUAAUCCCCGCCAGCUCCCUGACCGCUUGGCUCUCUGCCACAAGGUCCCUUCAUGGCCUACACACCCUUCAUAUGCGCACUGUCACUUCAGUUUAACAAAUCUUGGAGGAGAUUUAACUCCAGCACCACUCUCUCGAACCCCUGGUUUUCAUCCCUUGACGUCCUGUACAUGGAGGCAUGAAAAGACUGUUGGGAUAUUGUAACUCUGCAUGCAAGAGGGUAUUGGAGGGAAAGGGUUAAGAGAAUCCUGUCACCGGCAGUUGGCCCCCACCUUCUUCUGGGUGAGAUGCUGAGCCUUUUUGCCCCUUGCUUACCUUCUCUAUUUCAUCUUGGGUGAUUCUGCAUCUAGCAUUGGCUCCACAUUUUCUCAACUGGGAGGAAAAGGUGCAGCUCAAAACCACAUUCAGAUACCUCGGGGCAGUGCCGCACUGACCGCAAAGUCACCCCUCAAUGGCCAUAAAACGGCCAUUAG